AUGACGGCAUCUAACGCCGGGGCGAAUAGCACCCUUGCCUCCAUGAUGGAAGAUCCGUUCGUUUCCAAUUCCAGCCAGGCUGCAACUGCUCCUCGCGAAUCUCACCGGUACUCCUCCUUUGAUACGCAGCUGUUCAGUCUCAAUGCCUCAUCACCGGCACAAGCGAAGCGAGCGCUCGAGGCUCACCUGGCAGAGACCGAGCGCCGGCUUGAGGAGGCGUCCAAGCUAGGCACCGCACUCAUUGACCAGCAGCGGGAACUGACCGAGCAGCUCAAGGAGGUUGAACGCCAGCAGGAUGAGGGGGAAAUGGGACCGGAAUUGCGGCAGCGGCUCGCCGACCUCGAACAAGAAUAUAAUGAGAUCGGACGAGAGAGCGCACGCGCAUUUCUGGCCCCCAAACGACUGGCAGGAGGCUCCGAGGAUACUCAAUUGGGCACCCCGAGCUUUGACCAGAAGUCUCCCAUCAGCCCUGCUCUCUUCGCUAGCCAAGCGACCAAUUCUCCCAGCAAAGUCAGCGUCCCAUCCCGUAAACAGCGCAACCAACCAUCCAGCCGAGUCCACGAUAUCGAAUUCGCCACAGAGAUCUCUACCUCCCUGCUUGCUCAAGUCCGUCAAUUGCAGGCGCUUCUUGCCGAGCGAGAGGAGUCCCUCAAAUCUGUUAACCUCGAGAAAUCGCGACUCGAACUCGAGGCAGAAGGGUAUGCUCAAAGAAUUCGAACUCUUGAUGAUAGCGAACAACGUUAUAAAGAUGAGAACUGGGCUCUGGAGACCCAGACCCAUGAGCUCAUGGCUGCCGUCAAGGAUGCCACGGAGCGUGAGAAGCGGCUUAACACUAGUCUGAGUGCGUCGAACUCGGAGAAGACGGCUGUCGAGCGGGAACUGGAAGAAUUGAGACAAGCCAAUUCCAAGCUGUUGGAGGAACAGUCUAUCGCACAGAAAGCAAAUGAUGCUGAAGUUCAUCUUUUGCGCCGUAACCUGACGGCUGGUGACGCAGAGAAACUUGCUCUUCAGAAAAAGCUUGAGGAACUGACGGGCCAGAAUCAAGAGCUGGCAAAAGCGGUGGCUAUGCGUAUCCGACAAUAUGAAGGACAAGGCACUCGUGAUCUUCCAGAUGACAAUGACGACGAUGAGCAGGAGCAAAACACGCCCGACAAUUCCCCUCCUCCGUCCCCCAACAAGUUUACACCGCGACAUGGCCAUCUUGAAUCGGAAACCCUGAAGAGUUCCUUGGGCCAUGCGCACCGUAUGAUCCAGAACCUCAAGAGCACCAUUCAUCGGGAGAAAACUGAGAAGAUUGAGCUUAAGCGCAUGCUUCAAGAAGCCCGGGAUGAGGUUGAGCAGCGUCGUCGCGAGACCGCUGCUCCCAAUGGGUCAACUAAGCGUCUGAAGACUAAGGACACAUCUUUCCGCAAACCAGCCCGCCCUGAUCUACUAGGCGCUGGUCGUAAGGAAAAGUCGUUUGUUGAGCUUCACGAUACCGAUUGGGAGGAUAAUGCUGGGCAGAUCAGCCCAAGUCGCUCGGUGAUGGCAAUUGCAGCUCAAGGUCGGCCUGGCGCUCGUUCGCCAGACGAGCCUAGUGAUGUCUACCAGACUGCCACCGAAGCCGAGGAUGGAUUUGAGACUGCGAACGAGCGGGCCACAGCAACUGAGAGCGAGGCAUUCCAGACAGGCGUCGAGAGCAUGGCCGAUGACAGCAGUGAUGAUUCCGCCGACCUAACUGAGACUGAGAACAAUGUCCAAACCACUCCUCGCAACCGGGUUUCCUCUUUGAUGAUGGCGAAGGCACGCGAUCGUUCUUCCUUCCACAGCACAGCUUCUGCGUCGACCGACGAUGAGGAGACAGAUGGAAGCUUCCCCUCUCCCAGUCAGACUCACAUGUCGCGUCGUGUGCGAUCCAAGCGCAGUGUUCUUAGGCGGAUUCGCCCGUCUGGAGAAGCUCCAAUGGCUUCCUAUAGCCGUCCGUCCAGUGCACGUAAUUCCCCUGCGCCCAGCUUUGAAGAACAGCCAAUGGCUCAGGAAGGUCAGAGUCUAUUUGCUGAGCUUGCCGAGCUGGAAGGAGGCGAGGAAGAGGAUGAAGAGGAUGGUGCUGUGUCUCAGACAUCGACCCCACGAAUGGGCCCUGUGUCUGACUCCCGUCGGCCUUCGGAAGUCAAUCUGGAUGUAGUGCCUCGGCCAGUCAUGGUUGAUUCCGGUGUGAUGACUGACCCAUGGGAACCUAGCACCUCCAUCGCGACGGUUGCUGGUGCCGGUGCUGCCGGUGUUCUCACCGGUGCUAUUCUUACCAAUUCCCCAACUACUCCUCAGAGAUCUCAGAGUCCGGAGCAGGAAAUCGCCACGAAUGUUGAGCAGACACCGAAACUGGUCAGCUCUGGAACACAGUGGACGCCGUUGAAGCCCCCCACGGCGGACGGCGACCACUUGGCUAACGUGCCCACACCACCGAAGAUGGUCUGGGACGAGCGUUCUGUUGAUGUCCAGCACGUUGAAGCCGGAACGCAAGCAGAACCAGCGGAGAUGGGAGUAGCUAUAAUCUCCUUCCAAGAAACCGUUCCAACAGCACCCAAGUGGCCUGAACUAGGUGUAACUUUUGUUCCUGGAAGUGUCACUUCUCCUGUGAAGCAUGAGGUUCCUGCUCCAGAAAUUCUUGAUUUGGGAUUCUCUUCAAUUUCCUCGCUAUCAACUGAGCCCGUCAUGGCUGUCAUUCCCGAGUCAGAGCCCGUGCGAGAGCUUCCUGAAAUUUCUUUGUCGUCUCUUUUCACCUAUUCCACUGAGCCUGUUCAGGCCCGAGUUCCCGAACCUGAACCUGAGAUUGUGGCCAAGGAAGUUAUUCUGCCCGACUUGGGGCUGUCAAUUAUUUCUGCUCAGCAAACGGAGCCUGUGAAGCCUCAUCUCCCAGAGCCCGCACCCGUGCCAGAGCCCAUUGUGAUUCGUGAGGUGAUCCGCGAGCCUGCACCUGAGCCGGUACCUCCUGAGCUUUCGAUCUCGUGGUUGAAUCCCACUUCUACGGAGCCUGUUGAGGCUCGCUUGCCAGAACCUGUCCCAGUGCCGGAGCCUGUUGUGAUCCGCGAGGUGAUCCGCGAGCCUGCACCUGAGCCGGUACCUCCAGAGCUUUCAAUCUCGUGGUUGAACCCCACAUCCACGGAGCCUGUUGAGGCUCGCUUGCCAGAACCUGCCCCAUUACCGGAGCCUAUUGUAAUCCGUGAGGUGAUCCGCGAGCCUGCACCUGAACCGGUACCUCCAGAGCUCUCAAUCUCGUGGUUGGACCCGGCAUUCACGGAACCAAUUGCCCCUAAGCUGAUUGAAGCUGCCCCUCUCGCUAGUCCCUCGAUCUCCAUCUUGCAUUCCGUGGAGACUCAGCCGACCAAGUCCGUACCGCAUGUCAUUCCUUCUAUGAUUGACCUUGCUGUCCAGACAGAUCCGACAGAGGAGCCAAAGCCCGUUGGUUCAGCUGUGGCUGUCUACGAAGACACAGCCACCAGAAUUACACGCAGCCGUGCCAGCACAACCACCAGCGAGCGGCGCACAAGUACAGGGUUGGCUUUGAGCGACAUUUCUGGCAAUGCUCUCCCUCACUCAGGAAGACAGCAACCAAGCUCUGUCAGCAUGGACCAGGGCUCACAAACGAUUCUCUCCGCGAGACAGAUUGACCAAAUCUUGAUGGAUCGAGAUUCUGCUCGUCCAGUCUCUUCGGCAGAUAACAGACCAACAAGUCAGAUAAGAGACAUGGCCACCGCCGGAGCCAUUGCGGCAGUCGCCGGGGCUUCGGCAGCCUCGUCGCCUUUUGCCACUCCUAAGGUCAAAUCUCGCUUGCAACCCCAGUCGGCCAAGUCGAAUGCAUCGAGUCAACGCCGACCUGAUAGUUCUGCCAGCCAAGCAUCCGCAUUCAGUCUUCAUCCGCCAUUGCCAGUCGACCACCGUGAGGCCAUUGCAGCUGCUGAGAAGAAAUCGAUUGAUAUGCCUCCGCCGUCUCCAACUGUGAUGGGCCCGCCUCUUGCACCUGCCUCUGCAUACCGCAUCAAUGUCCAAGCUGCUCCACGAACCCCCAACGAACAAAUGAACCGCCCUGGCUCUACCAGAACCGUUUCUACGCAAGCCCGUAUGCGGAAGGGAAGUCAAAGCCAGAUGUCAAGACGAUCCUCGGUAUCGUCAUUCGCGUCUGAGCUUGAGGAGCGCUUCAAUAUGAACCCCUAUGCUGGUCCUAUGCCUCAGGGAUACGGACCUGGUACAGAUCCCCGCAUGAUCCAGGCUAUUACCCAGACCAUGAUUGGUGAAUUCUUGUGGAAGUAUACUCGCAAGACUGGAUCUUCAGACAUGUCCUCAACUCGCCAUCGACGUUAUUUCUGGGUCCACCCGUAUACUCGUACACUAUACUGGAGCGAACAAGACCCACAGACUGUUGGAAAAACCCAGGUCCGGACUAAGAGCGUACCGAUUGAGGCAGUUCGGGUCGUUGCAGACGACAACCCAUACCCUCCGGGUCUCCACUGCCGCAGCUUGGAGGUUGUUAGCCCCGGCCGGCGCGUACGAUUCACAGCCACUACCAGCCAAAGACAUGAGACCUGGUUCAACGCCUUGUCAUAUCUUCUUCUGCGGGAAACUAAUGACAACUGCGAAGAUCACGACAAUAGCGUGACCUUGGAUGAUAUCGAUGAGUUCAACCCUGGCUUCCGGUCGUCCUCUCGGCAGACGGCACGCAUGUCGCUUGCGUCACACAACAGCCGUACUGUUCGUCAAGCGCCCAAGCAGCAGCGUGCAGCGUCAGCCAUGUCCAUGCGCUCGACUGGUGGAACCCCGGGCCGCGCAUCACCUGCGCUCAGCUCCCCAGGCCCAAAUUCCACCCUGCAAGUCCCCGACGAGCCUCCGAGGUCUUCGUCCCGCCUCAGCUCGAUCCUGAACAGUUCAAUUCGUGGGUCGAUCGCCAGUUUGAAGGGACGUCACGGCCAGGCAUCAAGCGUUCAUAAUGAGAGUCUCCGUGACCAACAUAGCAUGGAAAACUUGGCACAGGAGCUCGAUGAUGAAGAUCGGCUUGAGAAUGUACGCGCUUGCUGUGACGGUAAACAUGAUGUGGGUUCGCUCUCGCGCACCAGUCGAUAUAGCCCCAGAGUUGACCGUACCCACUCGCACCAUUAA